AACACGCAGUGUUCAGAGUGUGACCCCAGCGAUGAUGAUGACGAAAUGGAAGUCGAUACUGAGGACACCACACCCAUUUCUCAAGGCCGCCAAAGACGGGUGAUCAAAGAACCUACUAAAUUCACUCCUGACAAGGGAGAGGUAAGUCAGGUUGCAUCAGGAAUACAUGUUGCAAACUACUGUUAUCUUUCUACUGACUCAAGCCUGACAUAAUCGGAGUUAACCGAUGGAGACAUUAAAUGCAAUUCUGACUUUGGAGCUUGUAGGUGGAGCCACGUGACCAUUUGAGUGGAAGCUACUCGGCAGUUCUUUCCUGUGGAAUUGAUUAUUAAGUUGUGCAAGGCGAUAAAUUCUACCAUCUCUGUCUGGUCUCGGGCCCGGUCCCCUUUCUUCAGUUCCAACCUAAAUUUCCUUCUUUUGAGUAACUCGGGUGACUUGGGAUAGUCGCGAAAAUGGUAGAAAGGAUGUGUGGUCUAUUUUUCAGGGCCGUCUUCACGGACGUCUCCGUUAUCGGUUCGUAAGGUCCCUAAUAUAUCAUGUAAGGAGGACACGUACUAAUGUUCUCUCUUCCGCGACAUUCCGUUUCUGCUCUUGGCGAGUUUCAUAGCAGUAUACCUUCGGAACUUUUAAUCCUUUUUGCGUUUCCUUUCAGUCAAAAAAGCGCAAGCUGAAAAAGUCAUUCAAGCGCAAAACGCCCGCAACAGAAGGUGGAGAAGGAGAAGGUGAAACCACUACAUCGGACAGUAAAGUAAGUGAGGGCUCUCUGGUUCAUGUAGCCUGUCCCUCCUCAGGACCUCUAUUGUCACUAUUCCCCAUAUCCUACAGCUUUUAUUGUUCUAAGGAGUUGGGGCAUUGCGGACCCGUGCAAAUUUUUUUUCGUGAAACCGGUAAGAAAAAUGCGUUAUUGUCCAUGGGCGUGGUUAACAUGGCUAGAUAUUGGCCAAUAAAAACGCAAAAAAGAACGAUGAAUACCCAGCCAUCUUCAUGGAACAAGCUUGAUCAAUAUUCAAAGGAUUAAUUACAUGGCCAAAAAGAGAACUUAUUAUUGCGGGACCAACACCGAGCGUGCAGGAGGGGCUCAUCUUUUCCUCUCGCAUGGUUACUAUCGGUCAGGAAAUGGUUAAGGAAAAUUAUUCGUCAAGGCCAGGCAAGAGUCAGAGAAUUUCACUUUGAGUAAGGGAAAAUUUAAGUCUUUGAAAAGUCUUUGAAAUUUUAAGAGUACACAUUUUUUUUUAUCAAUUCAUGGACACUCCACGUGACUUGCUGAAAGCAAAAAUCAAUCGCAGCGAGGACUGAUGUGAGGGGUAGGGGGGGGGGGCGGUUGAGUCCAUCAAAGACUAAUUUCUGAAUUUGUUAAUUCAUUUGGUCGGGGAAAUUUGGAGUUGUGAGAGAAAAGUCAGGGAAUUUCAGAAACCUCUGGCUGUGGCAUCCAUGGCUGGGAUAGCCAAUUAGACAACAGGCUUCGCUUCAACUUGCCCGCUCGCGCACUCAGCCAUAUCUACCCCUAUACACUAGAAAUACAAUGUUUGAUACAACUACGUGGUCAUCUUAAACAGGUUUCUGUGAAAAAGUAUGCGUGUAUUUGUGGCCGUUAAUCACAUCCAACCCAAGAUCUGUGAUUUAUUCUUCACAGAAGCCAAAAUUGGAAGAAAGCUCUGCGCCUGCAGCGAAAAGAGGAAGGCGCCCUGGGCGAAGAAGCAUAGAACCACCUGAGAAGAAGAAAAAUCCUGAAGACUCUCGCACUGAGUGUUGUGUUUGCAAACAGAGCGGCACCAAUUCUAAUCUUGUGAGGUAUGCUGGGAAGUUCACCAUUGUCACCGAGACAAUAAUGCACCUUGUUUACCCCCCAGAAUUUGGCAUAACCAUUUUGUCCGAUUUCUCUUGGUAAUUUUCAAGUGACGAAUAAACAACAACAAUAUCAAAAACAAAAAAAGGCCUUUACAAGGAGCAAACGUUCGCACCUCGUGUAUUUCAUUCAGUCUCAGUCAGAACUCUCACAGAACGAGACAAACAAACGCAGGUGAUAAGGGAUGCGCAGAAGCUUGUGCAGAACUUUUUUUCCGCCCUGAAAGACCAACAUUGACGUCACGUAGUCUCCAGUCUAUCACGCGGCCAUUUCAGAAACGUUUUCGUGAAGUCUUCGGAAAUGCUCGGAUUUUGAACUUUAAUCUUUCUAUAAAGGCUUGGGAUGAAAAAUCCUCGCCCAAAUCUCACUUAGGAAGUUUCUUUUUAGUGUUUGGUGAAGGUAAAGCGACAAAAGAAAAUGUUUCAAUUUUUUAUUUCAUUUGACCUUUAAGUAGCCUGAUCAGUGCCAGGCCUGAUGACAUUGUUUAUUUAUUUAUUUACUCACUUACUUAUUCUUUACUACUUUUAUGCAGAUGCGACCAGUGCAAGCUUUGUUAUCACUUCCAAUGCCUUGAUCCUCCGAUAAAAGUAAGUCCAGUUUUAAAGGGGCCGUGUCACGAGGAUAUCGCUUUUUAAGGUCAAUUCUGUGCUGAAGUCAUUACUUCGUGCCUUUAACUACACAAAAAAUGCUUUUAUCGAGAUAUGAAUAAGAUAUCAAUCAAAUUUCCUCAGCGAGUACAAGCUAUCUGCCCACCAACCCCUCCCCUAAGCCAACAUUAACACUUACUUCUCACUUAGGGCAAAAUGUUGGCUUAGGGGAGGGGUAGGUGGGCAGAUUCCCAGAAAUGUAUAAUAAUCCAGCAUUUUUUGUUGGUUUUUGGAGGCAUAGCAAAAAAAAAAAAAAAAAAAUUGGCUCACUUUUUAAAAACUUUUAAUCUGUGUCAAUCCUUUCCAUCCGUAGCAAUAGUGAAUAGGAAACGGCAAAAAUAUAAGCUUGAAUAACAAAACUAAACCAUAAUUUUUGGAAUUAUUUUGAUGCAAAGACCGUUUUUUGCUUUUUUACAAGAUAUCAAAUAGCGUACUAGUUUUACAAAGCCUGAAUACCACGAGCCCUGUGAUUGGUCAUUGUCUAUGAAAUAUUAGAGUGCAGACAUACAGAUGACAUCACGGGGAAAAUUUUUUCUUUAUUUUGUCCCACAAGUUGCUCGGUUUUGAAAGUUGUUGCGAGAUUAUUUCGAAUUUAGCAAGUAAAGUCCUCGAAAAAAGUUUAUCACGAACUUUUUACAAGAAAAAGGAAAAACCCGAGACGAAAAGUAUUCUUGGCGACUUGAAAUGGCCGCAACUGGAAGAAAUCUUCUAGGCUGCAUGUUGCCGUGCGUCUGUUCAUUAAUAGCUCCCGGAGUAACACGUUACUAUAAAGCUGCAACCUUUACUUUGUCGUGACCGUCAUACUACGUUCCUCGUACAAAAUUGUUGGUACAAAGUUGAAGUGUGCUUCUAACUUUUGAACCUGUGAAUUAAAUCCUUUAGUUUGACCAUUUAAAUGAAACCCAGUCAGCUGUCCUAUCACAUGAUAGUGUUUUGCAAAACAAAAUUUGGAGUUAUCGUUAUUUUUUCUCUACUGUCUUGUAGGAAGGAAAGAGCUUCUUUUCGUUAAGACUUAUCUGUUUUCAAAAUGUAAUGCCGUUCGUCCAGAAUAGCCCAAAGGGACCUUGGUCUAAAACUCCAGCUUAGUACAUAAACUUAAAGGUAAACAAAGUUCUUUUUUAUUUUUAUUUUGUAGGCCAACCCCAAGACGCGAGGGUACCUGUGGUUCUGCACAGAAUGUGACGAAUCGGUAAGUGAUUGAGAACUUUGGAUAACACGAGGAGGAAUAUGUCGUACGAUAACCGUGGGGGGAGGGUACUCCCUAAUAUUUGCCUUAUAGGUAUGUGCCGCUCCAAAGCGUUGGGGUUUUACGCCGUUUUGGUCGGAAAACGGUUAUAGACUUUGCUUAUUUUGGUCUGAAUUCGGGUAUGGUUUUCAUGGGAAUCACGUGAACGUAUAUGUCGUUUCAAUUCCAAACGAAUAAGAAAAAAAAAGUAACAUGCGAAGUCGAGUUGGAUUUUAAGAAAUCUUUUUCUUGGCGCUCUAAUCAACGUAUAGUCAACUCUCGCCUUGCGGACACUUCGAUAUAACGGACACUACGAUAAUACCCACAGCAGCUAAAUCCCAGGCAAAAAUAAAUUUCAGUCGUUUGACUGAAAUAAACUCCCGCUAUUUCGGACUCUCACUUAUGAGAACACCAAGUGGAGGUCCUUACAGUGACUGAGUUGGCUUUAAUGAUAACAUAAUUUCUGCCUACGCCAGGUCUGAAAACGGGUGUGGAAAAUGUCAGUUUUGGGGUGUGAAAUUGGGUCAGGAUUUGGAGAACCGGGCGGCACACCCUCACCACGAAUUCCCAGGAAUACCCCUCCGGGGGUACGAUAUCAAACUGCUGCCUCUAAGCCCUUAGCUAAAAAAUUACUGAGAAGUUCUUUGUUGUGGUGCUGUUUAUUGGUUAAAGCCCAUUAGCGUUACCAUUUAACUACCACCACUACUAUACAGAAAGUCUUUACGCUUUGGCAUGUUGAUUUUAUUAAUUAGGAAGAGGAAAGCGACGAAGAUGUAGAUGUAGAAGAGAUGAGUACAACUGACGCUAAAACAGAAAAAUAUGACAAAGAAACAAAGCAGAAAAACAGUGAAAAGGAUGAAAGGAAAGGGGAUGAAGGAAAAGACGAAGGAGACAAAAGUGUAAAAAAAGACAAGAAAAAGAAAGAGAAAGGAGUUGACGAUCAGAACAAAGCGUUAGAAAAAGACAUGCAAACAAAUGUAAAUAAAGCCAUUAAAGAGAAAGAAAAAGGAAAGGAAGAAUUGCCGAAAGCAGACCAAUCCAAGAAGGUAGACGGAGGUAAAAAGAAAGUAGACUGGAGAGAAACAGAAGAUGUAGAAAGAUCAAGUAAAGAGCCAAAAAAACAAGAUGUAACGAAAGUAGAGGAGGAAAAGUUGAAACUAGGCAAAGAUGUAAAGAAGGAAAUUAAAGACAAGGGGAAAGGCGACGGAAAUGUAAAGAAAGCAGACGUAGAACGAGAAGAGGUAACAAGGGUAGAGAAACAACAACAAGGAGAUGUGAAGAGAGGAGAUAAAGAGGAAGAGAGACAAGGAAAAGGAAACAGAGCAGAUAAGAAGGAAGAGAAAGCAUGUGAUAUGACAAAGGAAGAAAAAGAGAAACAACAGGACGCGAAACAGGCAGGAAAUGAGAAGGGGAAA